GUUUGCUUACAUUGGAAAUUUGUUUAUAAAGAAUAGAUGUAAUAAAAAUUGUGAAAAAUUGCAAAUUUCUUCAUAUUUUCUCCUAUAUCUCACUGAGAUCACUUGGAAAUACUCAAGAAACACCAAUAGAUAAUUACAUUGGAAAAUGGCUGAAGAUUGGCAGUCGCCAAAAUUCCGACAAAAUGUCAUCAAUAAAAUUGAAAUGAUGCAGAUUACCACGCAAGAGGGCAAGAAUGCAAGCUUUAUGGAAAAUCACAUAUUUUCGAAAUCCAAAAGCCAAGAUGAAUAUUUGGGUUUGGUGGCAAAAUUGUUCAUGCAUUUGAAAGAAUUGGCGAAUAGAAGACCCCAACAGGCCCCGCCACCAAAUGUUGAAGUAUCCCAGCAAAAUAUGAUGCAAGAUCCGCUAAAUGCCUUGCAGAACUUAGCCAGUCAAGGCAAUCGGAAUCCCCAAAUGAUGUCCAUGCCGGGUGGAGGACCUAAUGCUCAACAAGGUGGUCAAGGGCCAAGUGGUCCUGUGCCGGCCUCAAAUCUAUUGCAAACUUUAAAUCAACAACGUCCGGGCCAGCAAAUGCAACAGAUGCCAGGUUUAAGGCCACAAAUGGCAAUGGGCGGUGCUGUAGGUCCCGGACAACAACAGGGCAACAUGGGACCGGGCCAGCAACAAAUGAUGGGUGGACCCAUGGCGGUGCAAAUGAAUAUGAUGGGUGGGCCAGGUGUUGGUCCCAAUCAACAAAUGGUGGGAAAUGCUCAAAUGGGUGGUCCCUCAGGUGGACCCGUCGGUGUUGGUAUCGGCCCUGGAGGUCCCCAAGGUAUGACAGGACAAAUGAAUCAAAUGGCUGGUCCUGGUACAGUGGGGCCAAUGGGCCCUAACGCAGGACCUGGUGGACCAAACCAAAUGCAAAUGGGUGUGCAACAUCCACAGCUUAAUCAAAUGAUGAAUGCCCGUAUGAAUCAGGGAGGCCCAAACGGACCAAUGAAUGUGGGUGGUCAUGCUGGACCCAAUCAAGGUAUGCCACCAAACAUGCAAUCGAAUCAAGUUGGCAUUGGUGGCACAGCUGGUGGACCAAUGCAUAUGGUUAAUAUGGGACCAGGCAAUGCUAACCAAGGUCAGGGACCAGGCCCAAUGGCAAAUAAUGCAGGACCACAAGGUAACCUUAAUCAAAUGCUAAAUAUGCCCCCGGGCAUGCAAAAGAAUCCGAAUAUUACCAUGGGCCAGGGACAACAAAUGUUUAAUGUUAAUCGCGGUGUAGGUGGUCAACAACAGUUUUUGCGUCAAAGUCCUUCGCCCAGUACCGUUUCGUCGCCAGCUAACUCGCUUAAUGUGCAACAGCAGCAACAACAACAGAUGCAGCAACAAGUUGCAAACAAUCAACAGCAAAUGCAACAGCAGCCAAAUCAAAAUAUCGUCCCCCAAAAUACAAUACCCAACCAACAAAUGAUACCCAGCCCUGCCCUGGUACCCAUUGCAAGUCCACAAAUGUCAGGCCUAAUGCAAAAUCCCAAUCAACGUCAACAAAUGCGCCAAUCGCCGAGUGCACCAGUUAAUACACCCGGUCAGGUGACGCAAAACAGUCCCUUUAAUCCCCAAGAAGAUCAAUUAUAUCGUGAAAAAUACAAACAAUUAACCAAAUACAUAGAACCCCUCAGGCGAGUGGUGGACAAACUGAGGAUUGAUGGUAACAACAAUGCUGAGAAUUAUAAGAAGAUGAACAAACUUUUGGAAAUUCUUACAAAUCCCUCGCAGAGAGUGCCACUGGAGACUCUAUUAAAAUGUGAAAAGGUUUUGGAGAACACCGACAUUAACUCGUAUUCAGAUCAUUCCUUUGGCAAAUCCUCAAAUCCCUUAAUGGAUGUGAUAAAUGCCACUCUACAAAGUCCUUUGGCAAAUCACACAUUGUAUCGCACAUUUAGACCCAGCCUUGAAUUACUAUUUGGCACAGAUAUUGCCGCUCCACCAGCCAAAAUACCAAGGCCUGCAGAAAAGCCAUCCAAGGGUGAUUUAGAAAUACCACAUGUGCUGCAGGGAGAAAUAGCACGAUUAGAUCAGAAAUUCAAGGUUAGCCUGGAUCCUGCAGCACAAAAUAAUCCCAAGUCCAUACGCUUGAUUUGUUGUCUCGAUGACAAGAAAUUGCCCUGUGUUCCACCAGUUAGCAUUAAUAUACCAGAGGAUUAUCCUUGGUCCUCACCAGAAUGUUCCCUCAUCGAGCAUGAUUAUUCGGCAACACCCUUCUUAAAGGCCGUACAAAAUGCCUUGGUGGCACGUAUUGCCAAAUUACCCAAAUUACAUUCGUUAUCCCAUCUGCUGGACACCUGGGAAAUGUCGGUACGCCAGGCAUGCUCACCAAAUGCUGCAAAACCCGUUUGCGAAUUUACCGCAUUAUUUGGAAUGUAAAUUACUCUUUCAAUCACUCCAUAAUGCUAAUUUAAGAAUAUUAAGAUCAUUUUUACAACCAUAAGUUUAAGUUUAACUAAUAAUAACUAAAAUAAAAUGGAAGCCAUCCCACGGAUUUGAAACAAACAAA